GUUUUCCUCGUCUCUGACACUUUGCAACAAAUUGUAACACCAAAAUAUUUUUCUUCCCUCCGUCACCCUCAGAAGGCCAGGUCGCGACGCCUCGACAAUCCCUCGCCGAAUUCCCGGUCCUGUUGCUUUUCUCUGACCCUUCUCCUCGAUUCCGCCCGCCUCCAACCACCAUCCGUCAACUGCCUCCCAGCCGCCCGCGGUCCGCCUUUUCUUCCUAUUCAUUGUUUGUGCCGAAUCUGCGCGCAAAAAUCACAGCCCCACCAUCCCAUCGUUAACCCCGCCCUCGAUCAGUCGGGCACCAUCAUCACCAUGUCGGACAAACUCACCCGUGUCGCUAUUGUCAACAGCGACAAGUGCAAGCCCAAGAAGUGUCGUCAGGAGUGCAAGAAGUCCUGCCCCGUCGUCCGCUCCGGAAAGCUCUGCAUCGAAGUCAGCCCCGAGUCCCGCAUCGCUUUUCUCUCCGAGUCACUAUGCAUCGGUUGCGGUAUCUGCCCCAAGAAGUGCCCCUUCAGCGCCAUCACGAUCAUCAACCUGCCCACGAACCUUGAGACCCAGGUAACCCACCGCUACUCUGCCAAUAGCUUCAAGCUUCACCGUCUGCCCAUGCCCCGUCCCGGAAAUGUGCUGGGUCUCGUCGGAACCAACGGUAUUGGAAAGAGUACCGCCUUGAAGAUUCUCAGUGGCAAGCUCAAGCCCAACCUGGGUCGCUACGACAACCCCCCUGACUGGGAGGAUGUCAUCAAGCACUUCCGUGGCUCCGAGCUUCAGAACUACUUCACCAAGCUCCUGGAGGAUGACCUCAAGGCCGUCGUCAAGCCCCAGUAUGUCGACCAAAUCCCUCGAGCCGUCAAGGGCCCCCAGAAGAGCGUCCAGCACUUGAUCGACGCCGUCAGCACCCUCGGCAACAAGAAAGAGGUCUGCGACACCCUGGAACUCAACCACAUCAUGGAUCGCGAGAUCAACUUCUUGUCCGGUGGAGAGCUGCAGCGUUUCGCCAUCGGUACUGUCUGUGUCCGCAAGGCCGAUGUGUACAUGUUCGACGAGCCGUCCUCCUACCUCGAUGUUAAGCAGAGAUUGGCGGCUGCCCGUAUCAUCCGCUCUCUUCUCCGCGACGACGACUACAUCAUCGUCGUCGAGCACGACUUGUCAGUCCUCGACUAUCUCUCCGAUUUCAUCUGCGUUUUGUACGGCAAGCCCGCCAUCUAUGGUGUUGUCACUCUGCCCCAGUCCGUCCGUGAAGGUAUCAACAUCUUCCUUGACGGUCACAUCCCCACCGAGAACUUGCGUUUCCGUGACGAAUCUCUCACCUUCAAGCUGUCUGAGGGUGCCGACGAAUUCAUAAACGACAAGUCUCGCGCCUUCAAGUACCCCAAGAUGCAAAAGACUCUGGGCAACUUCAAGCUGAGCAUCGAGUCGGGUGACUUCACCGACUCUGAGAUCAUCGUCAUGAUGGGAGAGAACGGAACCGGAAAGACGACCUUUUGCCGUCUCCUUGCCGGUGCCCUGAAGCCUGACACCAAGGCUGCCGUCCCCGAGAUGAAGAUCAGCAUGAAGCCCCAGACCAUCACCCCCAAGUUCGAGGGUACCGUCCGCCAGCUCUUUUUCAAGAAGAUCAGAGCCUCCUUCCUGUCGCCCCAGUUCCAGACCGAUGUCGUCAAGCCCCUGAAGCUCGAUGACUUCAUCGAUCAGGAGGUCAAGAACUUGUCCGGUGGUGAAUUGCAGCGUGUCGCCAUUGUACUUGCCCUUGGCAUGCCCGCCGACAUUUACCUCAUCGAUGAGCCUUCCGCCUACCUCGAUUCCGAGCAGCGUAUCAUCGCUUCCCGCGUCAUCAAGCGCUUCAUCAUGCACGCUAAGAAGACCGCCUUCAUCGUUGAGCACGACUUCAUCAUGGCCACCUACCUGGCCGACCGCGUCAUCGUCUUCGACGGUCAGCCUGGUAUCGACGCCCACGCUAACAAGCCCGAGUCUCUCUUGACUGGCUGCAAUACUUUCCUCAAAAACCUCGACGUCUCUUUCCGUCGCGACCCCACCAACUACCGCCCUCGUAUCAACAAGGCCAACUCUCAGUUGGACCAGGAGCAGAAGUCCAGCGGCAACUUUUUCUUCCUGGACAACGACGACGACAAGACGAGUUGAAGAGGGCAUCCCUAAGGAUAUCUUCCCUCGUCACGAUGCAUUCGACUCAGGCGUUCAGGGCGUUCAAAAGGGGCAUAAGCGGCAGCUGGGGAGGCGCGCUUCCGGCGGUCAGGAUUAUGGUUUCGGUUUAGAGGACGAGGCCGGCGCGUCCAAGGACGACGCCGACGGAUAACAAUGGCGACGGCAGUCUAUCCCCUGUUGCCUGGUCCUACGGAGAUGCAUGGAUAUUUUAUGGUUUGCCCCCUCCCCUUGUUGGAUGGAAAAGGCGAAAGAACCGCUGGUCACGGACCAAGCUCUUCCGUCGGCCUCACUUAUUUCAUCUGGGGGCAGGCCGACUCCGUAGAUUGAGGGGCAACGGAUCAAGUAGGAUGACUGCCGUCAGUCUUUGCUACGCAAUUUUUUUUUGUAGCUAGACUCGUAGAUAACACUUGAACUCGCGAAAAAAGUAUACACGUCUCAAGCUAAGGAACACAAUACACAAGA